AUGGCCUCCGCGGGCGCUCGGCGGCUCCCGGCCGCCCGGGGCUGCUGCAGCUUCUCGCUCCGCGCGAGCGCGCGCCGGGCCCCGCCUUCGAGCCCUCGGCUCCGGCCGCCGCGACCAAUGAGGUUUCUGAUUUCCUGCAAUCUCCUCUUGCCACGGACUGCUCCAGUCUUGGCGGCGGAGGCUGGCCUACCUCCCAGUCGUUCUUUCAUGGGCUUUGCCCCCUUCACUAACAAGCGAAAGGCUUACUCGGAACGUAGGAUCAUGGGGUACUCAAUGCAAGAGAUGUUUGAGGUGGUGUCCAAUGUCCAGGAGUAUCGUGAGUUUGUGCCAUGGUGUAAGAAGUCACUGGUGGUAUCCAGCCGUAAGGGUCACCUCAAAGCUCAGUUGGAGGUUGGCUUUCCACCUGUCUUGGAACGUUAUACCUCUGCAGUCUCCAUGGUCAAACCUCACAUGGUCAAGGUGAGGUCUGUCUGGAGGAAUGCACCAGCUGUUUGCACCGAUGCCAAGCUCUUCAACCACUUAGAAACUAUUUGGCGAUUCAGCCCUGGCAUUCCUGCCUACCCUCGAACCUGCACUGUGGACUUUUCGAUAUCCUUUGAAUUUCGUUCUCUGCUGCACUCCCAGCUGGCAUCCAUGUUUUUUGAUGAGGUUGUCAAAAAGAAUGUUGCUGCCUUCGAGCAACGGGCAGCCACCAAGUUUGGUCCAGAAACAGCCAUCCCCCGUGAAUUGAUGUUCCAUGAGGUGCAUCAGACUUGAGGCAAAGGACUGCUCCCUGUCUCUGCUCUACUCUCCUUUCCCACCCAACACUCAUUUGCUGGCUGGAAAUGUCCUGGAUGAAAGGCAGUAGAUAUGGACAUGAGAAAGCCUCAUAUGCUCACAGCCUUUCCAUACUGAAUAAAGGACUGUGAUUAGCUCUGGCCAGGUCAGAUAACCUUCAUACCUGACCAAGGGAAUGUAGUAAUGUCUUGAAGGCUUUAAUAAAAUUGAGCUUUUCCUUGCACAGAGGUACUGGGUGGCAAAUAACUUGCCCUGCCUGAAACUCCUCAGGAAAAAGGCAUCCAUGCUGCCUGACAAGUAGAGUGAGGAGCUGCUUCACUGUCAGUGCCACAGAACAGGAGGAAAAAAGCACUGAACACAGUUGUCUGUAUUCAUGGGUGUACCUUAUUUAUUCUUCCAUGUGGCCUGAGUUUUUAUAAAACUUUAAUAAAUCGUGACAGUGUGAA